UAUAUACGACCGCGAUACAACGCCAUGGUUUAAGGCGGGGCAAACAGCGGAAACUCUAAAGUCAUAUGAUCAUAUGAUCGAUUUGCGAUUCCUUUAGAACACAGACGUCUCUGAUCGUUGCAAAAAUGGCCAGUCAGACGCAAGGUAUUCAACAGCUUCUGGCAGCCGAGAAAAGAGCAGCAGAGAAAGUCGCAGAAGCUAGAAAACGUAAGGCGCGUAGACUGAAGCAAGCGAAGGAAGAGGCUCAAGAUGAAAUCGAGAAGUAUAGACAAGAACGAGAAAAGCAGUUUCGUGAAUUUGAAGCAAAGCAUAUGGGUUCGAAAGAAGACGUAGCAGCACGUAUAGAAGCCGAUACAAAAAUAAAAACAGAAGAAAUGAAUCAAACUGUAUCUAUGCAUAAAGAGAGCGUCGUGCAUACAAUCUUGGGCUUGGUCUACAACAUUAAACCGGAAUUGCACAAGAAUUAUCGCUUAGAAAUUUAAGUGAGAAAAAUCGUAUCGAUUAAAUAUAAAUAUUGCAUCUUACGCUAUAAAUGUACAUUAAAUAUUUCCUUUUUAUCAUAAUUUGAAACGUACCUAUUGCCGUUACGUUGUACUUCUAUCUAUCUAAAUGUAUAUAUCUUUUAAUCGUAGAUGGCGAUAUAUAUUCGAAUUACUAGAACUCUUUCUGCAGUUGCUAUACGACAAUAAAUGUAAUCGUACCUAUGCUGAGCUUUUACCACUGUAUUGGAAAGUUUAAGGAUUAUAAUAGUGGUGUCACAGUAGCGCUAUAGACAUAUUAAACAAGUUAUCGUCAUUGUGAUAUAUCAAGGCCUAGAUAUAUUAGGAUGACGCGUAAAUGUUAAAGCUUAGGGUGGUGGAAAAAUAUUGUGCGCUGUUAAGCGUAUAUCGUUAGAUGUCAUUCCAUGAUUCUGCUACAUCGAGGACAAAAUGCACGUUAGAAUAUUCCGUACAACUUCCAAAGAAUCACAGAUAAGCUCCUAAACCGAUGUGAUUCUCACGACGAUGUACAUAUACAUACUAUUUGUUUUGUUUGAAAAAUUUAAGAUUUGUUAAGUUAUAGGAGAAAAAGAAGAAGUUAUAUCUCAUGUGUAAACCCUGUCUCUGUAUGCUGAUUCAUCUGUACAGUAUUAAUGUUCGAAAAUAAAAGCGAUGAAAAUGUAA